CAAAGCAAAGGCACAGAAAAGCCCUACAACGAAUACAUAACACCAUCGUCUUCAACCUCAAAAUCUCUCCACUGCAACUUUUACAGUUACAAACCUCAAACCCUAAAAAUGUUUUGGGGAAAAGAUCCAUUGGUAACCUCAAAGGCAGAGCUAAAACACAAAAUAAAGCUAAAAAAGAAAGCGAAAUCAGGAGGAUUCGAGUCACUAAACCUAAGUCCAAAUGUUUACAACGGAAUCAAACGUAAAGGCUACCGUGUUCCGACGCCUAUCCAGCGUAAGACCAUGCCUAUCAUUCUUUCCGGUUCCGAUGUCGUUGCUAUGGCUCGUACUGGCUCUGGUAAAACGGCGGCAUUUUUGAUCCCUAUGCUUGAGAGAUUACGACAACACGUGUCACAAGGAGGUGUUAGAGCUCUCAUAUUGUCUCCUACUAGAGAUUUGGCUUUGCAGACUUUGAAAUUUACUAAAGAGCUUGGCAGGUUUACUGAUCUUCGGACUAGUUUACUGGUUGGUGGUGAUAGCAUGGAAAGUCAGUUUGAGGAAUUAGCUCAGAGUCCUGAUAUCAUAAUUGCAACUCCUGGUAGACUUAUGCACCAUUUAUCGGAGAUUGAUGACAUGUCAUUGCGGACAGUGGAAUAUGUAGUUUUUGAUGAAGCAGAUAGUUUAUUUGGCAUGGGUUUUGCUGAGCAGUUGCAUCAAAUUUUAACCCAGCUGAGUGAGAAUCGACAGACCUUGCUUUUUAGUGCAACUUUGCCUAGUGCCCUUGCGGAGUUUGCUAAGGCUGGCCUUCGCGAUCCGCAGCUUUUUCGGCUUGAUGUAGAUAGUAAAAUUAGCCCUGAUUUGAAGUUAAUGUUUUUCACCUUAAGGCAGGAGGAAAAAUAUGCAGCAUUGCUUUAUUUAGUAAGAGAGCACAUUAGUUCUGAUCAGCAGACCUUGAUAUUUGUUUCCACAAAACAUCAUGUGGAGUGCCUUAAUCUUUUGUUUAGAGAAGAGGGUAUUAUUCCUUCUGUAUGCUAUGGUGAUAUGGAUCAAGAUGCUCGUAAGAUUCAUGUAUCAAGGUUCAGGGCACAGAAAACUAUGUUGUUGAUUGUAACAGAUGUAGCAGCUAGGGGGAUUGAUAUCCCCUUACUUGAUAAUGUCAUUAACUGGGACUUCCCUCCAAAACCGAAAAUAUUUGUUCACCGUGUAGGGCGAGUUGCUAGGGCAGGUCGAAUUGGUACAGCAUUCUCUUUUAUGACAUCUGAAGAUAUGCCUUACCUUUUAGAUCUUCAUCUAUUUCUUUCAAAACCAGUAAGGGCUGCGCCAACUGAGGAAGAAGUUCUGAAGGACAUGGAUGGAGCAAUGACGAAGAUUGAUAAAGCAAUGGCAAAUGGAGAAACUAUUUAUGGACGUUUCCCUCAGACGGUUCUUGAUCUUGUUUCAGAUAGAGUUCGAGAAAUUAUCGAUUCAUCUGCAGAACUGACUUACUUGCAGAAAUCCUGUACAAAUGCUUUUCGGUUGUAUACGAAGACAAAACCCUUACCUGCAAAGGAGUCCAUUAGAAGAGCGAAGGAUUUGCCCCAUGAAGGUGUACAUCCAAUUUUUAAAAAUGUUAUGGGAGAUGGUGAAUUAACUGCACUUGCAUUUUCUGCGCGCUUAAAAGCAUACAGACCCAAGCAGACUAUAUUGGAAGCUGAAGGUGAAGCUGCUAAGUCGAAGCAUUUGCAGGGUCAACGGGUUGAUGUCAUGAAGAGGAAAAGAGCUAUUCAUGAGGAGGUCAUCAAAUUGGUACACCGGCAGCAGUCUAACAAGCAGGAGGAAAAGGAAAUUGAACCUGAAGUUAUUUAUACAAACGAAAAGGAGAAAAAAGAAGCUCGUGGUUCUAAAAGAAAGGCGAAGAGUUUCAAAGAUGAGGAAUAUUUCAUAAGUUCAAUACCAACAAAUCAUCAUACUGAGGCAGGUCUUUCAGUGAGAGCUAAUGAAGGCUAUGGAUCAAAUAGGUUGGAAGCAGCUGUCCUAGAUCUGGUUGCAGAUGAUAGUGGGGGAAUGCAGAAACAGAAAACUGUAUACCACUGGGAUAAGAGGGGUAAAAAGUACAUCAAAUUAAACAAUGGUGAUCGUGUUACUGCUAGUGGAAAGAUAAAGACAGAAGGUGGAGCCAAAGUAAAAGGUAAUAAAACUGGGAUAUACAAGAAGUGGAAAGAACAAUCACAUAGAAAAGUCUAUCUUAAAGGAACUGGAGAUGAAGGGAAUGCGGAGCAAACUUCGACCUCCUCAGGAGAUCGGCAUCUACGGCGAAAUAAUAGGAAUUUCAAAGGGGGCAGGAAUCAGCAACAUAUGCCUAAUGCUAAUGUGCAUUCAGAAAUUAAAAGUUUUGAUCAAGUUCGCAAGGAGAGGGAGAAGAAGGCUAACCAAAUAUCUCAUAUGAAGAGCAAAGGUGGUCCUGGUGGUAAGAAGAAAUUCGGAGCGGGAGGAAAGGGAGGAAAAUUUGGAGCGGGAGGAAGUGGAGGAAAAUUCGGAACGAGAGAAAAUGGAGGUAAAUUCGGAACCAGAGAAAGUGGAGGAAAAUUCGGAGCGGGAGGAAAUGGAGGAAAAUUCGGAUCGAGAGAAAAUGGAGGAAAAUUCGGAUCAGGAGGAAGUGGAGGAAAAUUCGGAUCGAGAGGAAGUGGAGGAAAAUUCGGAUCGAGAGGAAGUGGAGGAAAGUUCGGAGCGGGAGGAAGUGGAGGAAAAUUUGGAACGAGUGGAAAGGGAGGAAAAUUUGGAACGAGUGGAAAGGGAGGAAAAGGAGGAAAGGGAGGAAAGGGAAAGAGGUAAACAUCGGUUUGAUUAUUUGAAUUUUUUGAGUAUUCUUUAGUUGGAAGUUUUGUGUAGAAUUAUUGCGUGGUGAAGGCCUGCAGCCGGUAUUCAGUUUUCUUGUGCCUGAAGCAACUUGAAGGCAUACAAUGUUAAGCUUUCACCUCUCCGUAGACACCGAGCAUACAUUGUUUUUUACUUACGGGCCUAGCACAGCUAAAGAAUAUUUAGUUACCAACUAGAUUGUCGUCUCUUUGUUGAAAUUUACGGAAAGCAGCAAUUCAAGUGCUGAAUGGCUUGAUGCUCAUGCAAGGUAACUAAAUGUGAACUUGUUCGCUAGCCACCCAUGUUUCAACUCAAGUGCGAGCAAAGUUUUCAAGUAGUUGAGAGAAGGUUUGAUUGAAUGUACCAGUACGAUUUUCUAACGUUCUGUAAUCAGAUUAUUGUGAUUCUUCCAUGCUUCUUGCUCUUUUGAGGAAUUUUUUUUGAAGACUACAAAAUUGGACACUGAAAAAACAAAAUUCAUUCAAA